GGGUGGGGAGAUUUAAAAUGAGAACAGGGGAACUGGUGCUCCGCAUCCCACGCCAAUUUUGAUUACAAAAUUACAAAAUUACAAAAUUCUCCAAUCUCAAUCUUUGAUUUUUCUUCUGUCGCUUAGCAAACUCCUGAAUACUUUAUUGGUGGGGGUAGAUCCGCGGGAUUGCCUUGUUAGUGUCAGAGCAGUUAGCUAUUUUCUUGUCAUUCACACAGACGCGCACACACGUUAGAGCUCUGUUUUGGAGAAGGCUGAACAGAGCCAUGGAAGAUCCUGGGAUCAAGAACCUCCUCAAGAGUGAAGCUCUUCAGAAGUAUAUAUUAGAUACUAGUGCAUAUCCCAAAGAGCAUCCUCAAUUGAAGGAAAUACGAGAAGCCACAUUCAACAAAUAUGGUGAACGGAGUGUGAUAAGUGUUCCUCCAGAUGAAGGGUUAUUGUUGUCCAUGCUGUUGAAAAUAAUGAACGCCAAAAGAACACUGGAGAUUGGUGUUUUCACUGGCUAUUCCCUGCUUUCCACUGCACUUGCUUUGCCUCAUGAUGGCCAGAUAACAGCCAUAGAUUCAAAUGGAGAAACUUACGAAGUUGGACUGCCUUUCAUUAAGAAGGCUGGCGUUGAGCACAAAAUCAACUUUGUCCACUCUGAUGCCAUUUCUGCGCUCACUCAAAUCUCAAGAACCAUUGAUGAAGGGAAGAUGGAUGAGUUUGAUUUUGUGUUUGUGGAUGCUGAUAAGCCCAACUACAUGACAUACCACCACUACAUUAUGAAGAUGGUGAAAAUUGGAGGGGUGAUAGCAUAUGACAACACACUGUGGUAUGGAACGGUGGCUUGCAAGGAAGAAGACGUGCCAGAGAAUUUGAAAGUUAAUAGAAACGCCAUCAUCCAUCUCAACAGUUACCUUGCCUCUGAUUCUCGUCUUGAAAUCUCCCAAAUCCCUAUUGGCGAUGGCCUCACCUUAUGUAGACGUCUUUCCUAACUCUCCAAAGACAAAAGGGUCAAUGUAAUUUUGUAAUAAAGUCCUUCUAUCCAAUAAAACUGCUCUAAAAUUGUUUGAGUUC